UUUCUUCUUUUUCUUUUUGUGUUUGUGUGUUUUAUGGCUCUAGUAUUAGUCAAUCUAGAAUGUGGUAUUUUAGCUAUAAGUCUUUGCUUUUGAGUUCAAUCUGCGUUUCGAUUAUUAAUUUGCAGAGCUUAAAAUGGCUGUUUCUGGGUUCAUUUCAUGGGAUUAGAAAUUCUUGUUUAUCUUUUCCCCUAGAAAUUCGUGUUUAUUACGUAUUCAACGAUUUCCUUUUAAUUAACUGUGAUUUCUUUUUUUUAUGGGUGAUUAGAGUAAUAGAUUUGGUGAUUAGUGAUUUGGCCUGUUACUAACUACAAAUAUUUGAUGAUGUUUCUCGAGUGAUUACGGUAUAGACUUUAAAUGUUUCGAUAAUUUUAUUUUUUUUCUAUAAUUUUCAUGUACUUUUUUUUUCUGCAAAAAUAUUUUGGAUUAAUUUCAAAAGUAUUGAUCACUGCCACAAGUAUCAUGUUAUUGAGAGUUAUAAUGGUUCAUAUUGCUUCUCUCUCUCUUGUUAGCGUAGAUGACCUCAUUUGGAUUAUUCUUUUCUUAAUAGUGUCUUUUGUUUUUAAGAUGGAUAUGAUAUUGACAUUACAAGAAGCAUCAUCUUCGGCGUUUUUCAUUUGUUCUUAAUUGCCUCACCACUGAUCCUCGAAUUUGUGUGCUUAUUGUUACUUGUAGUUGUUUUAUCUUUUAAUUUGGUUGUCGUUGUUGUGGGUCCAUUGGCCAUUUUUAACUUAAUUUACUGCUGGGACUAUACAACUAAAGGGACAAAUUAAAGCACUAUUGAACUUUGUCCUUGCCCGGGAAGAAUGUUUUCUAUUAUUUCUAUUGUCAAUAGAUUUUUGUUUUAAAUGGAUAUUUUAUGGAAGGGUAAACAUCAAGUUGUUUGCUCUAUACACUUUGAUUGUCUAAAGAAAGGAGCAAAAUAACUGAUAAAUACAAGCUCUUUAUCUUUGUAUAUAUCUCAAAGUUUCCAAUUGAUUUACUUCCGAGUUCCUUCUAAUGCAAAUAUCAAUCUUAGUAAUACAGGAAAAAGUCAAGUAAUGCACAUAGACCGAAUUAUGCAAAGUUUUUGGAGUAACCUUACUAGGAUGGUCAUUUCAUUGUAAUUCCAGUGUUCGAGGGCUUAUAGAGCUUUUCCGGAUCAGUUUUAUAUUUGGUUUCUUGUAUUUGGUGAAUGGAAUGUCAAAAUAGUAAGACUACAUGCUAUAAAAGCAAAAGCAUAAAAAGAUUCAAUGGUUUUUCAGCAAUAUGUUGCCUAGAUGAUUUUUCAGCAAUAUGUAAUUAAGAAACAUGACAUGUUGUAGUAAGUGGAUGCAGCCAGUGUAAUGUUGCAAUUUUAUUGUGCAAGAUUCUGUGUGGGUGUAGUAUUUCUGGUUGCAAAUGUUAUUUUUGUAAGCCACUUGAUCCUACUUGUUUUCUUUGUAAACAUUUACUAUUUGCCAUUUAUCAUUGCUAAACCAAGAAUCUCAGCUUGUCAAUAUGGGUCAAAUAAUGGGUAACCAUUACUUUCCGUAAGCAUUAUCAUAGACUUGAGAUGUGGGCAGGAAUGUGUAACUUAAGAGAAGUAGAAAGAUAUUAGAGUUAUUUUUGUUUAUUUGUCUGUUUUUUUUCUUAGAGCUCCGAGUCUUUGGGUCAAACUGGCAACUUACACCGAGGUUUCAACUUCAAGUCAUUCUUAACUCUUUGACUAAGGGCUGGAGAUUCUUUUUUCCCCAAUACGCUAGGGAAUGAGAAAAUUGUUCUUAUGCUUAUUUCCAUAAUUAAAUGAUUGAUAUGCCAUUUUUUUUCUCUGUGCUGUGCACCACUGCACUAGCACUACCUUCCUGUUGCCAGUAGUCUGGUGCUGGCUCCUCUAAUCCCAGCUGCUGCAGCUGUCCCUUUACUGCUAUUAGCAGUCUGAUCACCAUGCUUCUGGGAAACCAACCGAGCUGCUUUCUCCACUUGCAUCCAAUUGCUGAAGCAACACCGAAGACUAUUAUGCGAACAAUGGGGGUAAAGGGCCUCACUCUCUAUCACUUGAAAUCCCAUCUACAGAAAUACAGGUUGGGAAGGCAAUCUUGCAAAGAAUCAAAUGAGAACUCUAAAGAUGUAUCAGUUGCAGAAAGUCAGGAUACUGGUUCAUCUACAUCGACAUCGUCUAGAAUGAUUGCACAAGAUGUAAAUGAUGGUUACCAGGUUACUGAGGCUUUGCGUGUACAGAUGGAAGUACAAAGAAGACUACACGAGCAGCUGGAGGUGCAACGUCGUCUCCAACUUCGUAUUGAAGCACAAGGAAAAUACCUACAAUCAAUUCUUGAGAAAGCUUGUAAAGCUCUGAAUGAUCAGGCUGCUGUGUCUGCUGGGCUUGAAGCUGCCAGGGAAGAAUUAUCUGAACUAGCAAUCAAGGUUUCUAAUGAAUGUCAAGGAAUAGUCCCAGCUGAUAACAUGAAAAUGCCUUCACUGUCUGAACUUGCCGUAGCUCUAGAGAGCAAAAGUACUUCGAAUUUGCCAGCUCGAAUUGGUGAUUGCUCUGUCGAAAGCUGCCUGACUUCAACUGGGAGUCCAGUAUCUCCAAUGGGUGUGGGUUCACACACUGCUUCAAUAAAGAAAAGACCAAGGCCUAUAUUUGGUAAUGGAGAUUCAUUGCCUCUGGAAGGCAGCAUGCGGCAAGAAGUGGAGUGGAUGAUGGGUAAUAUAGGAUAGUUGGCAAUGAAGUUUCAUUUCCAUCCUAGAAAUAGAAACUAAAUUGUUUCUCUUUUGGGGAUUUUCCUUUCCUUUUCUAGUUGAUCUAAACGUCAUCGUCUCCUUAAAUCAACUGUAGCAUUGGUGGUCUGUAUAGUUUUGGAUCUUUUGAGUUAAAAAGGAUAACUUUUGUCUUUA